UUGUUACAUCCACUCCACAAUUUGUUAUACUAUGGCAGAGCAACAAAGAAUUCAUCCAGUACCUGAACCAGAACAUGAACUUCCAGUACAAAAACCCUCUGUCCCUUUAGUGCCAAAGGGUUCUUUCAGUUCAGAAAAAGGUGACCCUGAGAAGCAGCAGCAACAACAAGAACCACCUUUUAGAAGAACAAUCCCAUAUUAUCCACCAUUAAAACCACCAAAGAGAAGAUGUUGUUCUUGCAAAAGAUGUCUAUGUUGCACUUGUUGUCUGUUGUUCCUCAUCAUCAUAAUCAUUGCUGCUUUAUCUGCUGCUUUUUACUUUGUCUUCCAGCCAAAAAUACCAAAGUACUCUGUUGACAGCAUGAGAAUCACACAGUUCAAUUUCAAUAAUGACAUGAGCUUAUUAUUUGCUACUUUUAAUGUUAACAUCACUGCAAGAAACCCCAACAAGAAAAUUGGGAUUUACUAUGAAAGUGGUAGCCAAUUGAGUGUUUGGUAUACUGGUGUUCAGCUUUGUGAAGGGUCAUUGCCAAGAUUUUAUCAGGGUCAUCAGAAUACUACUGUACUUAGUUUGGAUUUAUCAGGACAAACACAGAAUGUUACUGGAUUGUUGCAGGCACUACAGGUGGAUCAACAGAGAGGAAGUAUUCCAUUGAAUCUCAGGGCAAAAGUUCCAGUGAAGCUCAAGAUUGGGAAAUUGAAGCUUAUGAAGUGGAACUUUUUGGUUAAGUGUAAGCUGGAUGUGGAUAGUUUGUCUGCAAAUAAUGCUAUCAGGAUUAGGAAUAGUGAUUGCCAGUUUGGUUUUAGGUUAUAGUCCAGUCUUGGAAUUAUUUUCUGUAUAAUUAUUUUUUCUUCCUUUUUUUACAGAUUUUUUUUUCAAUA